GUCAUUACCAGACGUAAUCAAACAGAUGGUCGUGUCUGAUGGCGCCGACGCGAACACCGAGAUGCCAGCCCGCGCAGGCGACCACAUAUAAGCCGCGUUCACACGAGCAAGAAAUCCGUCUAUGAACUCGGCGAAUCUUCAAUACACGCUAGCAGCGGCCAGUAGGAUCAUGGCAAUACGGCAGAAGGGAAACAUAGAGGGAUUACGGCGACUGUUAUAAAGAAUUCGUCGAGACGAACAGCUACAAUUUGACACAUGCAUCGUCACGUCACGGCACCGCCCAGCAUUACCAGGCCACUCCGUUGAUACUGAUCCCUAGAUGCAUAGCAGUCAAGAUAGCGGUCUCACACAACGCUGUGAGAGGCCACUGCCUCAUGAUCAUCUCUCGAAACGUCAAACUGUUAGGGUCAGCUAUCGUAGGAGAAAGUCGUCAAUCUUUAACCGAAGGACGGGCCUCAGGCGCUGACAUUCACAGACAUGGCGCCGAUUCGCUUACAGUGUUUGCGCGUCGGAUCUCCUCAUCGAAGAGCUCUCGUCGUGGCGGCGGUUCUGCUAGCGACGCUUCAGUAUCCGUCGGCGACGGCGACGGCGCGUAGAACGAGCAGCGACGACAGCAGCUGCACGUACACGGCUGCCGUGCUGCAGUAUUAUUUGCAGACGCCCGGACCGGGUAGCGAUCCCAGUGAGGUUAUGAGGAGUAACUUGCUUGCUUAUGAAGAGUACUUGAUGCAAGCUGCAGCUCAGGGCGCCAGUAUCAUCGUCUUCCCCGAAACCGGUAUCACCGGCUUCCUCCAGAAGGACAGAGAAAUCGUCCUCAAGUGGCUACAGGAGAUUCCCGAACCAAACACCGAAGCCGCCCUCGACGGUCAGAGAAGCUCUGAUUCUCCAGAUUCGUGCGAUAGCGGCUGUGUCGCAACAUCCGGCGACGAUUUCGUGCUAGAGUCGCUGAAAUGCAUGGCAGCAUGCCACAAAAUAACGAUCGUCGCAAAUCUGGGCGAAGUGCAGUAUUGCCAGCCGGCCGCGUCGUCGACAGUUCCCACUCAGGUGCAGAGCAGUGCUGCUGCCGAGGACGCUGUUCCCGGCUGUCCACCCGACGGCCGCUUUCAGUUCAACACGAACGUGGUCGUCGAUGAUAACGGUGCGCUGGUCGUGCGCUACCGCAAGCAGCACCUCUACAACGAGGCCGCCUUCGACGACCCACCCGUGCCGGAAGCCGGCGUGUUCGACACGCCUUUCGGCCGCUUCACGACUUUCGUCUGCUUCGACAUCAACUUUUACAACACGUCGGCCGACGUCGUGCUGCACGAUGGCGUCGACAGCGUCGCCAUGUCGGCGGCGUGGCCGAUAGCGUUGCCGACGUCGUCGCCGCAGCAGACGCAUUCCGGAUGGGCGCUGGGCACGGGUGUCAAUCUGCUGACGGCCAAUGUGCGAGGUGUCACUGACGGACUGACGUUCGGCGGAAGCGGAAUCUACUCGGGAGUCUCCGGAAAUCUGACGUACACCCGCGAGGACGCGCCAAUGCAGCCAGAGCUCGUCAUCGCUGACGUGCCAUGCUAUAGGAAGCGCUCGUGGGAAUCCUAUGCGCAUCGGCCAUACUCGGUGGAGAUUUAUGACGCCCCCGUCGCUGCUAUAGCCCGGCCCGCUGGUGGCGGCGGAAGCGGAAAUAAAAGGCGAAUGAAGAACAAGAAGAAUAGUAGGAAGAGAAACGAGCAUCGUAGGCGACCAGGGAACGAACCUAAUAGCGAGAAUUCGGAAACGGGCGACAAUAGCCCGCGAACUGGUGGAGAGCGAGAACAACACACUUCGGCUCCCCCUCCCAAAUAUUUCAAGAAUUAUGUCAUCGGUGUCCUCUUUAAUUUCACCGCUCUAGAGGCCGACAUCGGCAGAGCGAGCGUCUGCUACGGCGACCUGUGCUGCCAUCUGGAUUACGCAAUGUCCGCUAGGGGCAGGCGAAGCGAUGAGCUGUAUGCUCUGGCCGCAUUUAACGACUACUACACGGCGGUAACGGACCAGUUCUGGUGGCAGGUUUGCAUGGUGGUAAAGUGCAGAACCUCUUCGUAUAAGACGUGCGGCGAGAGCGUAACUCGUGCGAAAACCAAAUUUAAAGCUCUGACUCUGAGUGGAGACUUCUGGGUGGAGUUCAUCUCUCCAAGUGUACGCGUGGAUGGCGACUAUCUACUCGCACCGCUUGACCAGUGGUCGUUCGACAACGACGGUGAAGUGAUGUUUAGCACGAAGGGUAUUGCUGACCCUCUCAUCACAGCCGAAAUACAGGCGUUUGAGCCGGAAAAGCACGACCAAAGCAAACGUGGUGUCGACGUGACGUGCACGUGUACGUAGUGCUGCUGGCAACGACGAAUCGAAGCAGUCAUGCGAGCAAACAGAGAGAAAUAGAAUAGUUGGCUUUAAAAAUAUUACAUCCUGAUCUUAUUGUGGCCUUGCGUGAUUUUGUCUCUAUAUGGAGCACCGUAUAGUAUAAAAAGGCGUGCAUUGCCGAAAAAGCGGUGACUUGAUGAUAUAAGUUUGUAAGUUAUGAAGGCAAGAAAAUGUAUUCGGUUAUUGUUGGAAUGAUGCAAGCCAUGGCAAUGAUGCAUGGCUAAUGGCAAUGGGCCACGGCAAUAACACAAAUUUUAACCAUGCAUAGAAAAAUAUGUGGCGAUCUCAGUACAUACAGGAACAUACGUAUCGGGACACUAGAUAAUAUCACCUAGCAGUGAAUGAUCUCUCAUAAGUGUGAAUACGAACAGGAUUGUACAUAUACGACGGACUGUAUCACAGGCCGAAAAUGAUAUACGUUCUGUAUAGCUUAUAGUUUCUGGUAUCUGAUACUCAGAUUGAGAAUGACACUGACAGUGUCAACAUAGUUAGUUGCGAGAAAUUGUACGUCUAAAUAAUUUGUAUGUGAGUUGAAAUAAAAUGACAGAAAAUAUAUUAGAUA